ACAGUUUGUUUUGAUUUGGCGUUCUGCCGCAAAGACUAUUCGAAUUUUCUCUAAUUUUCCAUGAAUUUUCAUUAAGUUUUCAUUAAAAAAUACUAAAUAAUUGCAUAAAGUUUCACCUAAAUAUGAAUUUACAAGCAAAUGAAUGCGAAAUUGAGAAACUUCGUCAAGAAGUUGAAAAACUCGAGAAAAUCCUUCCCACAGGAUUAGAUUUAACAAGUAUUCCGCGUUCCUGUGAUAAUUUACUCACAGAAUAUGCAACAAUUUGGGCAGAGAGUGGAGUUGAUCAUCUGGACAGGAGUUCCCUCGCUGAGGCCUUCCUGGUGCGUCAGAAGCUGAGAACGGAUAAUUCUGUGAUCUGUGACAUGCUGAAGAUAGAUAUUGAAUCCCUGGAGAGGGAAUUGAAGGAAGAUGAAAAGGAUAUUGCAAUGCUGGAGAAGUUCUCUGAGGACUUGCAUGUGAAGACAAAGGAUCAGAUCAAAAAGGAACAUCUUCAGCUCACCAAGCAGUGCUCAGAACUCAAUCAGAAAAUCCCAGCUAGGCCAUCAAAUAUCAAUUUGGAUGAAAUAAUCCGGAAGGUUGAAUUACUGGAGACAAGUUCCAAAGGAUCAAAAGCACAGCCGGGACAGCCAAAAGCUAAAUAAAUCUCUGUAGGUUACAAUAAAAGAAAUUAAAAC